AGACGUGAGCCACAACAGCCUGUACGGGCGUCUCAGCCUCGACUUCAAGGGCAUGGUACCGGAUGCUCAUGCCCUCAUCAACCUGGCGCACAACUUCUUCUCCGGCGAUGCUCUGCUCUUUGCUGCCGGCACCCGGGUCUGCCCCAUGGAGGCCAGCGGGUCAAGCAACCCGAGUAGUCCCAGCACCUUUGAUGCAUUUGCCGGAAAGUGCAAAAUUACUACAUUUGGCCUGCAGGAUUACUCAGUGACAUGGGCAGGAAAGGAGGUGAGGGGGAGUGUGGCGGGAAACUGCCUGACUCUCACCCCGGACACGGAGUGCUCUUUUAACGCCACCCAGCGCAGCUCGGAAGCCUGCCGGGCAUUCUGCGGCAUCACUGCCAACGGCCCGUGCGACGGCCAUGGGGUGUGUGUGCUGCCUGCUGCACCCUCCUCCCCGUCCAACUUCACGUGCCGCUGUGAUGCCGGCUAUUCUGCUCUCGACUCAGGCAGUGGCUCCACAUGUGCCCUUCUGGUGCAAGCAGGCUCACCAGGCUCACCAGGCUCACCAGGCUCAACAGGCUCACCAGGCUCACCAGGCUCCCUCCCCAAGGCCGCCACCGCCACUGUGCCUUUGCUGACCCCAUGGCUGUGGCCUGCUUUUCUGGCUCUGCUCUGCUGCGUCAUGUGA